UCUGGAGGUCCCAGUUUAUGCUUCAAAAACUUUGGAUUAAAUCAUGCACUUGAAAAAGUUCUUGAUGGGAAGUUUGCAGAUAUUUUGGCACAGACAAAAGAAGAGCUAUUUGUGGGUGAACAAGCUGGUGCCCCAACAAAUCCUGAUCUUACAAAAUAUGCUACUGACUGGUUUAAAUUAUAUAAAGAAUUAUGA